AUGGUUGAUACAAAUUUUCAAAUCUCAACUUCUUUUGAUCCAUUUGCGGAUGCCGUGGACUCAGACUCUGAUGUUCAAAUCCCACGGAGUUUCGAUCCGUUCGCGGAGUCGAAAGACUUAGGUGCCCGUGGAACAAAAAGGGAGUAUGUGCAUAUUCGUGUACAACAAAGGAAUGGUAAGAAAAGUUGGACUAUGAUUGAAGGUUUGAAGAAAGAUUUUAGUUACGAAAAAAUACUUAAAGACCUAAAAAAAGAGUAUUGCUGCAAUGGAACCAUUAUUCAGGACAAGGAGCUUGGAAAAGUGAUACAAUUACAGGGCGAUCAACGUAAGAAUGUUUCACAGUUCCUUGUGAAGGCUGAUAUUGUUAAGAAGGAACAGAUCAAGGUUCAUGGUUUUUAA